AUGGCCCUUAGUUUUGAUUUGAGAUUGGGUGUUGUUGCAGCCCUUUUCCUGUUUGGGGCAUGGGCAUCUCAAGCCGCUGCCCAAGAAACAUCCAUUCCGAGGCCAGAGAAGCCAAUUAAAACUAUGAAGGAGACCCUAGUGGUUAGUUCAUCACCGGCGUCGCCCACUACGACUACGCCACCGGUUCAGAGUUCUGUGGCCCGGAUAAACACUCGUGUUCAGAUGGCUGAUUCCAUAGUCCAACCCCAGCCUGGAAACUGCGAUAAAAACAACAAAUUCAUGGGUGGGUGGUCACCGUUGGUAAUCGGAGCGGUGCUCUUUUCUCUGUUGCAUCCCGGUCUGCUUUUCCAGUGUCCGGGAAACGAUCGAAAGGUUGAGUUCAAAUCCAUGAAGACCAAUCGCAAGGCUAUGUUCUUUCACUCUAUAAUAUUCAUUGUUAUCUACGCAAUUAUCAUUAAGUUCUCUCAUGGCAAAAUCUGAUAUGUACCCACUGAUGAUACAUGGCGUCUGGGAUGAAUUUUUAUUUUCAUAUUUUUUUGGAUUCUACAUUCUAAUCCAUCUAAUGUACUCAUAAGUUUAUGUUGUUCAGCAAACACAUUCUGGUUGGUCAAGC